GGAAUCCCAGUCAUGUUAUUUGUACUGGGUCUAUGGCUGCUUAUAUUCCCUAUGGCUAUCUCAGCCCCGACCAGAGAUCGCUGCACCACAGGUAGAAAUAAACUGCUAUUGAUCAGCUUUGAUGGGUUCAGGUGGGACUACGACCGAGAUGUGGACACCCCAAAUCUAGACAAAAUGGCUAAAGAAGGAGUCAAGGCAGAAUAUGUCACACCACCUUACCUGACCAUCACCAGUCCUACACACUUUACCCUGUUAUCUGGAAGGUACAUUGAGAAUCAUGGUGUUAUUCAUAACAUAUGGUUCAACACCACGACACAGGAGAAAAAACAGUACUACAUGACACAGUUUGUGGAUGACUACUGGGAUAAUGGUAGUCUACCCAUCUGGAUUACGGCUCAAAGACAGGGUCUGAAAACAGGAUCCCUCCACUUCCCUGGCACUGCUGCCACCUACCAAAAAGAAACAGUCCAAGUGAGGCAGGUGGAACCAAGUUUUUAUGACUACAGCAAUGAGACAGUAUGGAGGGAAGAUGUGGACAAAGUGAUGGGGGUGUGGUUUAAAGAACAAAACUUAGACUUUGUUACUUUGUAUUUCGGUGAACCUGAUGGGACAGGGCAUAAGUAUGGGCCUGAUUCACCUGAGAGACGUGAAGCGGUCAAAAAAGUGGACCGAACCGUGGGCUACAUUAGAGAAACUGCAGAGAAAUAUGGACUCAGUGACCAACUGAAUAUUAUAAUUACAGCUGACCAUGGAAUGUCCACGGUUUUUGAACGAGAGAAGGUAAAUGAGAUUAUUCUUAACAAUAUCCCAGGUUUCUCCUUGAGCGAUCUGAAAUUCCAUCUGUUGGACUAUGGACCCUCUGGGAUGUUGUUGCCCAAAGAUGGGAUGCUUGACAAGGUUUACAGAGCCUUGAAAGGAGGUCAUCCUAAUCUUCAAGUUUACAAGAAAGACGACAUGCCUGCUCGACUUCAUUAUGCAAACCAUCCACGCAUCCUACCCAUCAUUCUCUAUGCAGACCCAGGAUAUGUCAUCAAUGGGUUCUACACGUUCCAGACCAAUAAAGGGGAACAUGGCUAUGACAAUGAGGACAUGGACAUGAAGCCUUUCUUCAGGGCAGUGGGACCAGAUUUCCACUAUAACUUGCUGGUUGGGCCAUUUGAGACUGUCAACGUGUACCCUCUAAUGUGCCACUUGCUGGGGAUAAAACCAGAAAUCAACGACGGGUCACUGGACAACACCCGACACAUGCUGAUCUCUAAUGGAGAGGCAUGUGACUCUAGUGAUGCUCCAGAGUCGAUUCUUCAGAAUGUGUUCAUUGGUCUGGCUGCUGUGACUGGAUUUUUAUUGCUUGCAUUUGUGGUUUUAACAUCCUACAAUGUAUACAAAAGAUACAGAUUGAAUUCGAGAGCGGAAGACAUGGAAUAUAAGGAUGAGAUGAAAGCCGACUCCAAGCAAACGACAUUCUAA